CUUUUGUCUUCAGCGACCAUGCUGAGAUUAUCAAAAGGCGUCUUACGCCCUCUACGUUCCCGUUCGUUUGCGACGGUCGCCGAACCACCCGUCAGGAGAUACGGAGGGCUCAGAGACCAGGAUAGGAUUUUCACCAAUGCGUAUUGUCGGCAUGAUCAUGGCUUGAAGGGUGCCCAGUCGAGAGGCGACUGGCACCGAACCAAAGACAUACUCCUCAAAGGCGACUCGUGGAUCAUCCAGACCAUCAAGGACUCGGGUCUACGCGGUCGUGGAGGCGCCGGCUUUCCUAGCGGUCUCAAAUGGAGUUUUAUGAACAAGCCUGGAUGGGAGAAGGAUCCGAGACCCCGCUAUCUCGUCGUCAACGCCGACGAAGGCGAGCCCGGCACAUGCAAGGACCGCGAGAUCCUCCGCGGAGACCCCCACAAGCUCGUCGAGGGCUGCCUCGUCGCAGGCCGGGGCAUGAAUGCAACCGCAGCGUACAUUUACAUCCGAGGUGAGUUCUUCCAGGAAGCGAGCCACCUCCAGCAGGCCAUCAACGAGGCGUACGCUGCGGGUCUUAUUGGAAAGGAUGCUUGUGGCUCGGGAUACUCGUUUGAUGUGUACCUCCACCGUGGAGCCGGCGCGUAUAUCUGUGGUGAGGAGACGGCCCUUAUCGAGAGUCUAGAGGGGAAGCAGGGCAAGCCACGCCUGAAGCCCCCGUUCCCGGCGGAUGUGGGACUAUUUGGAUGCCCGACGACGGUAGCGAACGUCGAGACCGUUGCUGUGGCCCCGACGAUCUGUAGACGAGGGGGAAGCUGGUUUGCCGGCUUUGGGAGGGAGAGGAACCAGGGCACAAAGCUGUUUUGUAUCAGUGGGCAUGUGAAUAACCCGUGUGUCGUCGAGGAGGAGAUGAGUAUCCCCUUGAAGGAAUUGGUUGAGAGGCAUUGUGGCGGUGUGAGGGGUGGAUGGGAUAAUUUGCUUGGGAUUAUACCUGGAGGGUGUUCUGUGCCGGUGUUGCCUAUAGACAAGUGCUCAGAGGUUUUGAUGGACUAUGACUCUCUCAAAGACGCCCAGUCGGGUUUGGGAACCGGUGCUGUCAUCGUCAUGGACAAGAGCACCGAUAUCGUCGCUGCCAUUGCUCGUUUCUCACAGUUUUACAAACAUGAAUCUUGUGGACAAUGCACGCCUUGUAGAGAGGGUACUACUUGGAUGAUGAACAUGAUGGAUCGCAUGGUCGAAGGACGGGGACACGUUCGAGAGAUUGAUAUGCUGCUCGAGUUGACGAAACAAGUCGAAGGCCGCACGAUCUGCGCCUUGGGUGAUGCCGCUGCGUGGCCCAUCCAAGGCCUGAUGCGCCAUUUCCGCCCCGAGGUCGAGGCGCGCAUCGCCAAGUAUAGGCAGGACCAUGGAGCCGUGGCAUUUGGAGGUACGUUGGUGAGCGAGGUGAAUGAUAUGUUGGCGGUACCCGAUAAUUUGGGAGCAAGGUUGCCUAUUGAGGCUCCGAGUGUGUAGAAUGCACCGUUUUCUUCUAAGGAUGAAAUUUUGAAUCUUGAAAGUGAAAGAACACAGACGGCGAC